AUGCUUCUUUUGCUGCGGCCAACGAACUUGCUGCUACUGCAUUUUGACUGUCGCUUUGUGUUUGCUGUUGCUUUGCGUUUGCUGCCGCUGCGUUUGCUGCCGCUGCGUUUGCUGCUGUCUGUAUUGACUCCUGGUGCCUUAGGUGGCCGUGUAGACGUGCAGCUGCAUUUGGUGGCUGAGCUGUUUCCCCAGUGCCAGGUCGCGUCGGAGGCCACCUUCCUGCAACAGCUCGCAGCGGAGCUAACACAACAACAACAGCAGUUUCAACAACAACAACAUCAACAACAACAACAACAACAACAGCAACAACAACAACAGCAACAACCGGCCCAGCAGCAGCAUGCGCUUCUUGAUCGUCAUUCUUCCAUUACACUUACCCGAAAUGAUGUGGCAGUCACACCGGGCUUGUUGCCGGAUGACGGGGGCGCCAACAGCGACGGCGGCGGUGAUGCCGGCGGCAGCGGCGGCAGCCGCAGCCUCCGGUCCUCAGAGCUGGUGCAGUACUGUACGGAACGUUUUGCGGCUCUGCUAUCGAAUGGCGCGCCCCUUGCAUGUCUGGUGCGGAUGCUGGCGGCGGCUGCGCAACCACCGCUGGUAGUGCUGCCCGGCGUCCUCGCGCCCUCUUCGCCCGGGAGCCAAAGUCAACGGACAACCACCACCCCCCGGACCCAAGUCAACGCUCUCGCCGCGGCGACAGCCGCCGCCAGGGCACUGUCGUACCUCUCAGCUUGCGGCGAGGCGGCGGGCCGGGAGAUGCUCCGAGUGCAGGGCCCAACUGGCAUCCAGGCGCUCGUCGCGCUGCUAAAUGGCGGUUCCGGAGCCGCAGCCGUGGAGGCUGCCGUACGCGCCCUGGCGGCCCUCACCGGCCAUCCCACAUUGCGUCUGGGUCUUGUUGCCGCCGGAGCUACCGAGGGCCUUAUGUCGCUAGUGGAGAGGUCGGGGGGGCCUUUGCUGGCGGCGUGGAUACCAGACCCGCUACCUGGCGGCGGCGGCGGCGGCGGCGGAGGUAAAGGCGGAGGGAGCCCUAGGAUUGGUGGCGGCGGCGGCGGUGGCGGCUUGGUUGCCGCCACGGCGCCGUACAACAACAUUAUGGAGCUGGCAUUGCUGGCGCUGGUGAGGUGCAUUCGUAGCUACGCAGGAGGGGGUGGUGGCGGCGGUGGUGGCGGCGGCGCCGCCAGGGCGACGGCGCCGGGAGGUGGCGGCGGCGGCGGUGGAAGCGGCGGCGCAGGUGAACUUCCUGCAGCUGUGUUGCAGCUUCUGCUUGAUGUGGCGGCGGUGCCGGUCUCUCCUUCUCCGCCGCCGCUACAGCCGCUACAGCCGCGGGGUUUCCCGCUACUGCAACCUCCCAUGACGGCUUCGCCGCCAGCGGCGGCGACUCUAGCCGCAGCACCGGCGCCGGCGCUGGCGGCGUCGAUGGUGCACUCAGGCUUUCUGGACUCGGACGGGACGGCGCAGCAGCCUCCCGCACGUGCCAUGGCGGUGGUCGAGGCGACGGAGGCUCUGGCCGACAUGGCCCGCGAUGCUCCCGGAGCGCUGAGGUUGAUGACUUUCGCCGGGCACCUGGUGCUGCUGCAGCGGCUGCUGGCUGCGAUGCCUGCUGCACAUGUACCACCCACACCACCUCCUCCCCCCUCCUCCACCGCCACCACCGCCUCCGCCGCCGCUGCCGCUGCCGCCGCCGCAACAUCAUCACCUCCACCCCCACCCACAUCGCCAACUCCAACCCUGGAGCCAUUCCGCCGGCGGCAACUGGACUCAUGUCUGCGGGGCCUGGCGCGUCUAGCCAUGGCCGCCCCCUCCCACCCUGACCUCCGUCUUGCUCGCACACAUGAAGUACUGCUACAUGUACUGCUGGCGUUGGGACUGGCGGACAAACCCGGGUGGUGGGCGUUACAGGGACUGUGCGCCCUGGCGGCCGACGCCAGCUGCGCGGCUGACCUCGUGGCUGCCGGCGUGUUGCCGCCGGUGGUGGCGGCGCUGAGAGGACUGGCGGCGGCGGCGGCGGCGCCUCCGCCACGCCGCCGCAGUGCCCCGGGUGGCCACCGCAGCUCUAACAGAAGCAACGUGCCGCCGCCGGUGACGUCGUCGCCGACGGAACCGCCGCCUCCGCCACCACCUCGCGCCCUGAUCAGUAUUGACGUCAGCACCGCCGGCGCCGCCGGCGCCGGCGCCGCCGCCACCGCCUCUGGCAGCGGUCCCAGCACCUCCGAACGCGACAUCGAGGUGGCCCACUUGUUGGGCUUGCUUCUUCAGAAUGUCGCGGGACAUAAGGCCCUCGCCCGAGUGGCCGUAUCUGAGGGAGCAGUCCCCGCCAUAUGCGAGUGGCUGGCGGUAUGUGCCGCAAGUGAUGACGUGGAGGGUGCCGUACUUUGCUGCGCCACGUUGUGCUUGCUGGGGGACGGCGACCCCGGGGCGCUCGUGGAGAUGGUCCAUGCGGACGGGGUCGACACCCUGGUGGAGCUGCUGCACCCCCGCUGGGCUACGGCCGCCCUGGUGCCGUCCACGGUGGCGGCGGCAGUAGCAGUAGCGUGCCGCUGGCCGGCCUCCGCGCAGGCGGUUCGUAUGGCGGCGGGGAUACCGGCCCUGGCGGACACCCUCCGGGGACCCCACGGCCUGGCGUGUUGCCGCCCCGUCGUGAGCGCGCUGGUGGACUUGAUCGCAAACGACCCGCCGGCGUUGAGGGAAAUCAGGACUACCAACACGGUUAUUGCACUUGGCACCCAGCUACAGCUGCUGCCCAACAACGACCCCAGAUCUGCGCGGAUACGGCUACUGCUGCGGCAACUGGGCGAGGACCCGGAUACGGCCAUGCGCCUGGCGAACAGCGAGGCGGACAACGCAAUCGCCACCGCCGCCGCCGCGCCGCACCACCCCAACCACCCUCACUACCACCACCACCACCCGCACUACCACCACCACCACCACCCGCACUACCACCACCACCACCACCGAGCCGGCCUCCGUCACCAUCCCAACGCCGCUGCGACGCGGCUACAGCUUCAAGCCGCCGCCGCCGUCGCCGCCGGCUCCGGAGGCGGCUCCUGGCGGUGGCGUUUCGCCAGGACGAGCGACUCGGGACCGGCGCCGCCGCCACCGCCGCCGCCGCCAGCACUGCUACAGCCGCUGGGUGGCUACGGCGGCAACUUCCCUGGAGUUGUUGGAUGUUCGUAUUCUUCGCACGUGGGGGGUAUUCGCCGCAGUCUGCGUGCUUCUAGCCCCGGUGCCAUCGUGCCGCUGGCCAAGCGGAUGGACGCCAGUGACUUUUCCGACGUGGAAGAUGACGUCGAGGAUUACAUGGCGGCGUUGGAGGUGUCAAGCCGCGAUCAGGGGGUGGGAGGUGGCGGUGGCGGUGGCGGUGGCGCCUCCCUCUCCAGGGGACCGUCCCUGGCGAUGCGGGGCUCUAAGAGCAGGCUGACGGCGGGGCUGCAGGAGGACGGCGGCCUUCCUUCCCGCCGGUACGAAGCUGGUGGCCGCGGCGGCAGUGGCGGCAGUGGCGGCAGUGGCGGCGACGAGCUGGAACAACCGCUGCCGUUGCCACCGCAGUUCCCAGCGGCUCAAUAUCAGCCGUCACCUGGGGGCCCUGAUGAAAGCGGUUAUUACAACCACCAUAACCAACACUACAACGGUAACUACAACGACCAUGAGGAGGACCGCAAGCACCGUUAUCAUCCUCAUCACCAACAGCAGCAGCAGCAGCAACAGGAGGAGGAGGAGGAAAGGGAGGAGGCGGGUGGAUGGCAGCAGCAACAGCAGCAACGGCUCGGUGAGGACGACGAGACCCAGCAGCAAGCACCCGGCAAAGCGGCGGGAGGUUCUCGGCGCCCCUCGGGUCGCAAUGCCGUGGUUCACACGCUGGCAGCUGUCAACCCGCUGCGGCUGUUUGGUUUCGGAGCGGGGCGGAAGGGGACCGACAACAAGAGGCUGGAGAACAGGGAGGCCGCCGGCGGCAGCAGUGGCGGCAACGUCAAGCGAAGGGGAGGAGGAGGGGACGGCGUGGAGGAGGGGUACGUGUACGGAUACGGUUACGGAUACGGGCCGUCGUACGGAACUGGAGGCCGGCGGUCCUUACAGGUGGACGGUGACGAGCUCGUUUACUGGUCCGCGGACGUCGUCGACCAGUGA